AUGGGGAAGCUUACUGGGGGUUCAAAGCUUCGGAAAAGACGUAAAGCAGUCACUUCCAAUCAACGAAUUAUUUCCUGGGCUCGGAAACGCAAACACCUCGCGCAGAAUGCCUGUGUUCCUCAACGCAUUCCUCUGUCCUGUCCACUUGUGGGUUGCAACGGAACUGGUCACGUGAAUGGUAUCGAUCUUUCCCACGUUACCUUGUGUGGAUGCCCGUCUUAUCACAAUGUGACGUUUGAGAAAUGGGCUGAGAUGCGUGCCCGAGAAGAGGGCUUGGUUUCCCCGGUGCAGAUCUAUCCCCGCAACACCACACCGGUCAGUUCACCGGCAAAAUUGGCUAAAAUGCAUCCAGCUGAGCGUGCUCAUCAAUUCUGGACUUCGAGAACGGAACCUUCGUUGGAAGGUCUGGCUAGUCCAAUGGAAGUCUAUCAGUUUCGUUGUGCUCAACAGCGUUUAAUGUAUGACAAGGUGAGUGCCUCUGAAGUGCUGCAAUUUUUUCGGCUUCGCCCAUCCCUCUUAUAUAUGAUCGGAUCAAUAUCAAUGCAUUGUAAAUUUGGAAUGCUCAUUUUGGGACAAAACUCGUGCGAGUAG